AUGUCUUAUUUUGUUGCCAUUAUUGCUGGGUCAGAGUCCAUUGGUUUUGUUCAUAAGAUUAAUAGGUUUCAAUCCUUGAAGAAUUGGGUUUGGGGGCUUAAUGCUUCUGGUGUUGUGCAAGAGUCCAUAGCACAACAUACACUCCAACUGUUUGCUAAAAUGUGGCACUCAAUUGGGUUAUGCAAUGGGGUGGUAAUGCAAUUCUUGAUUUUGAUCUUGGCUACCACAUGGGCAUUCGAGACAAAGGUAGUAGUGAGUUUCUCAAGAGUUGCUUCAUUGGAGGACUAA